AGCAAGAACGAGAGAAAAUAUUUAUUUAUCCCAAAUUGUCCUCCUCCAGCUCCGAUCUUCCACUGACGAGAAAGGUACAGAAAAUACUAUUCAGAUUUCAGAUUCUCAGAUCAGAUGAAACUUUUUUACUUAUUUUUAUAAGUAACUGAUUCUGAUCUGAAUCACCCCACCAGAUCCAUCAUUUUUCGCUUCAUCUACUCUCUCUUCUCCACUCUUCUUCUUCUUCUUCUUCUUCCUUUCCAUGGCGACCCCCAAUCAACAGCCACCGCAAGGUGGGGCCUUUGAUAUGAACAAGCUCUUCAAGCCUUCUUCCGGUCCUGUGAAUUUGAAUAUCAGCAAUAUGAUUGCAGCUACUCCUCCCAGUCCCACCACUUCCAAUCUCACUACAUCUCCGUCGUUCCCUGCCCAAUCUUCAACCCCUCCUCCUCCUGCCUAUCUCACGCCUUCCUCUUCUUACCCUCCUCCGUCUGGUCCUUACCCUUUUCACCACCCUCACUAUCUCCCCUCUUACUCACCCCUUCAACAACACCAGCACCCACAUCCCCUUGCUAACAUGCAUCAACUCAACAGACCCCCAAUCUCGUAUCCUCAACCUUCUCCGCCUUCAAACCCUAGUUCCGGAAGCGACCUCUUGAUCACCUUUUUCGGCAAUCAAAAUCAGUCCAGUUUGUCCCCUUCUCCUUCCUCUGCCGAUUUUUCCAAUCCUCCUGUCGCUGUCCCUUCUGCCCCACCCCUUACUAUGCCGGGCGGUGGACCGACUCCAGUUCGGUUGCUCAGCAGCAAGCUGCCCAAGGGCAGGCAUUUGAUUGGAAGCAAUCUCGUUUAUGAUAUUGAUAAGAGGAUGCAGGGUGAAGUGCAGCCUCAGCUGGAGGUCACUCCCAUUACUAAGUAUGCUUCCGAUCCUGGACUUGUUCUUGGUCGACAAAUUGCUGUUAAUAGGAAUUAUAUUUGCUAUGGUCUUAAGCUUGGCAAUAUCCGUAUCCUCAAUAUCAACACUGCCUUGAGAUCCUUGCUUCGUGGCCACACCCAGAGAGUAACUGAUAUGGCCUUUUUCGCUGAGGAUGUGCAUCUUUUGGCCAGUGCGAGUGUUGACGGACGGAUUUUUGUAUGGAAGAUCAAUGAAGGCCCUGAUGAGGAAGAUAAAGCACAAAUUUUGGGCAAAGUUGUCAUUGCCAUUCAGAUGGUAGGACAAGGGGAAUCAGUACAUCCACGUGUGUGUUGGCAUCCUCACAAACAAGAAAUUUUGAUGGUUGCUGUUGGAAAUCGUAUUCUCAAAAUUGAUACCAUGAAGGGUGGAAAAAAUGAAGGAUUUUCAGCAGAGGAACCACUUAAUUGUUCUAUUGACAAGCUGAUUGAUGGGGUUCAGCUUGUUGGUAAACAUGAUGGCGAGAUUACUGAAUUGUCAAUGUGUCAAUGGUUGACCACCCGUUUAGCUUCAGCUUCAAUAGAUGGCACGGUAAAAAUUUGGGAGGACCGUAAAGCAUUACCAUUGGCAGUGUUGAGACCCCAUGAUGGUCAUCCUGUUAAUUCAGCAACUUUCUUAACUUCUCCUCACCGUCCUGAUCAUAUUGUUCUUCUCACAGGGGGGCCAUUGAAUAGAGAAGUGAAGAUAUGGGCCUCUGCCAGUGAGGAGGGCUGGUUGUUACCUAGUGAGGCUGAAUCAUGGCAGUGUACUCAAACAUUGGAGCUGAGGAGUUCUGCUGAAACCAAGGUUGAGGAUGCAUUCUUUAACCAAGUUGUGGCACUGCCACGUGCAGGACUAUUUCUGCUUGCAAAUGCCAAGAAGAAUGCUAUAUAUGCCAUACAUAUAGAUUAUGGGCCAAACCCAGCUGCAACCCGCAUGGAGUACAUAGCUGAAUUCACUGUAACAAUGCCUAUAUUAAGUCUUACUGGAACAAGUGACAGUUUGCCUGGGGGAGAACACACGGUACAAGUUUACUGUGUCCAAACACAAGCUAUCCAGCAAUAUGCACUGGACUUGUCUCAAUGCUUGCCACCACCCUUGGAGAACAUGGAGUUGGAGAAAACAGACUCCAAUUUUCCUCCCAUGUUUGAUGCAUCUAAUCCUGAUGGUUCUGCUGCUAUGGAAUCAUCUCAUGGAAGUAAAUCCAAUGAAAUGCCUGCAGCUAACUCAAUUCCAAUGCCACCUAUACUUUCAAGCAACUCUGAAAGUGCCCACAUAACAAGUCUUCCUGAAAGAUUGGCUUCUACAGAGCUUACCACCUUGCCAGAGGUUACUACCUCAGGUUUGGAAAAUAAGGCUAGCGCUGUGCCAUCUAAUAGCACUUCUGAAAAUCUCCAUUCUGCAUCACCUUCAGUUCCACUGAGUCCUAGGUUAUCUCAGAAAUCAUCUGGUCUAAGAAGUCCAUCAAAUACUGAUCAUGGUGGUGACCAUUCAAUGGCUGAUUAUUCAGUUGACCACAGAGUAGAUGCUGCCAAAGAGAGUAAGGCAGAGAUGCCUUCCUUAGGUGACAAUUUGCAAAAAAGUGAUAAAAAUAUAGUCCAGAAUGACAUUUCUAUGGUUCCAGACCCUCCUGUGGUUUUUAAACAUCCAACUCAUCUUGUAACACCAUCGGAGAUAUUGUCUACAGCUACUUCAUCCCCUGAUACUGUUAAACUUAGUCAGGGCAUGAAUGCAGGGGAUGUGAUGAUUCAGGAUGUGGUUAUCAGCAAUGAUGCAGAAAGUGUGGAGGUAGACGUCAAAGUUGUGGGUGACAUGGGAUCAGAUCAGAAUAAGGAAACUGAAUGUCCUAGAGAUUCUCCUAUCAUCGCAGAAAAAAAGGAGAAAGCAUUCUUCUCUCAGGCCUCAGAUCUUGGCAUUCAGAUGGCAAGAGAUUGCUGUGUGGAAACUUAUAAUGUAGAGGGAGCUCAACAAGCUAGUGAUGUUGGUGUUUCAGGUCCAGCAGAAAAGCAUGCCAUCGGCAAUGAGGGAGAAGAGCAGAAUUUGUCUAAAGAUGUUCCUGCCAAGGUUGGCGAUUCAGAAACCCACGUCACUGCUUCACAUCCUCCAGCUUCUGCAGCAAAAGGUAAAAAGCAGAAGGGGAAAAAUUCUCAAGUAUCUGGCCCACCUUCACCCACCCAGAGUCCAUAUAACUCAACAGAUUCAUCUAAUGAACCAGGUUGCAGUUCUGGUGCAACCUCAAGUGAUGCUGCUCUGCCUCAAUUAAUGGGCAUGCAGGAUAUGAUUGAACAGUUGGUGAACAUGCAAAAAGAGAUGCAGAAGCAGAUGAAUACAAUUGUCUCCACCCCAGUUAACAAAGAAGGUAAAAGACUUGAGGCAUCCUUGGGCAGGAGUGUUGAGAAAGUUAUUAAGGCUAAUAUGGAUGCUUUGUGGGCUCGUUUCCAAGAAGAAAAUGCAAAACAUGAGAAGUUAGAAAGAGAUCGUACACAACAGAUAAUCAAUCUGCUCACGAACUGCAUAAAUAAGGACUUGCCAGGCAUUUUUGAGAAAACAUUGAAGAAGGAGAUAGCUACAGUUGGUCCUGUGGUGGCUCGUAUGAUUACUCCUAUUCUAGAGAAAAGCAUAGCAUCUGCUAUUACAGAGUCAUUCCAGGUUUGGAAAAUUUCAAAGUUUGUUAAUAUCCCAGGCAGUGUUUGGGUGUCCCUGCAAGUUCCAAUCAAUGGGAUUGUUUUGGUAUAUAUUCUGCAGAAAGGAGUAGGAGAGAAGGCAGCUAAUCAAUUAGAAAAAUCAGUCAGUUCAAAACUUGAAGCCACAGUGGCCAGGCAAAUCCAAGCACAAUUUCAAACUUCUGGAAAGCAAGCUCUUCAGGAUGCAUUGAGGUCUUGCUUGGAAGCUUCCAUUGUUCCUGCAUUUGAGAUGUCGUGCAAGUCUAUGUUUGAGCAAAUUGAUGCUACAUUUCAGAAAGGGCUUAUCAAACAUACAACUGCUGCUCAACAGCAGUUUGAGAGUGCACAUUCUCCACUGGCCAUUGCUUUAAGGGAUGCCAUCAAUUCAGCAACAUCAGUCACUCAGACAUUAAGUGGAGAGUUGGCGGAUGGGCAACGUAAACUCUUAGCUAUUGCAGCUGCUGGGGCCAACUCCAAAGCCGGAAAUCCCCUGGUAACACAGUUGAGUAAUGGACCAUUGGGUGGUUUACAUGAGAUGCCUGAGCCUCAACUGGAUCCAACAAAAGAACUAUCUAGAUUGAUAGCUGAGCGGAAAUAUGAUGAAGCAUUUACUGCAGCCCUGCACAGAAGUGAUGUCACAAUUGUUUCCUGGUUGUGUUCUCAGGUUGACCUACAACUUAUUCUGUCAAUGGUACCACUCCCUCUGAACCAAGGAGUUCUCCUGGCUCUUCUCCAGCAAUUGGCAUGUGAUAUCAACAAUGAGACCUCUAAAAAGCUGGCAUGGAUGACAGACGUGGCUGUUGCCAUAAACCCUUCAGAUCCAGUGAUUGCUAUGCAUGUUCGUCCCAUCUUUGAGCAGGUAUACCAGAUACUGAGUCAUCAACGUAGCCUACCCACCAUAUCUCCAUCAGAAGGCUCAAGCAUUCGCCUUCUCAUACAUGUCAUAAACUCCGUGCUGAUGAGCUAUAAAUGAUUCUUGCUUCUUGUCCUGAUGUUUUGUGCAAACUUGUAAUGACAUUUGGUUUAUACUUUGUAUAGUAAUGUAGGGACUUGCAGGGAAAAUUUGAAAAGGGAACGAAUAAUUUCAUAAUUUGAGUCUGUAUGGUUGCAAUUUGUGUGGAAUAUUAGAGUUUUUGUUUCUUUUAUUCUCCUUCUCAUUCAUUACUUGCCAUGGGAUUCAAAGAAGCAACCUUGGUUUCUGGAUUCAGCCUGCAAUAGCGCAAUGGGCAUAUGCUAGUGGUGGCAACUUUCUUGGAUUAAGGAUCUGAGGUUGGUUUUUGGGACAACAGAUAACUGGCUACACCUCACACAAGACAUCUGUUUA